AGUGAACUGACGGCCACAAAACAACAUGAGCAGGAGUAAAAGCCGCCUCGUUUAGUUUCUUGUUUACAAAAAAGAAGAUUUAGCUAGUGCUACUUUCCAACUGCCGUCCAUAGGUGACUUUCCUUUUCAUCCCAUUAUUGUAUAUGAAUAACAGUCAUGUGACCUGCUGUCACGCACCUUCAGGAGCAGGUAUGGACACGGACUUGUUGCAGCAGCAAGAAGGAGUGCCAAGAAGCAAGAUGAAUAAAGAGUGUGAGGACUCAAUGAGAGAAAAGAAACAAAUUGAUUUCAGCAACAUCUACAGCAAAGAGCUGCUGCCAGCAUCAGGAGGAGAAGAAGUAACCAGGAUAUUUGUUCAGCAGCUGAUCAACUUAUUGAUCGAUUACAUCUGCAAGUCACAUCACACUCACUCCAAGGUUUUGGACUUCCAUCACCCUCACCAGCUCCUGGAAGGUCUGGAAGGUUUCAGUCUGGACUUGCCCGAGUCAGCAGAAACCCUGGAACAGAUCCUAGUGGACUGUCGAGACACGCUCAAGUACGGGGUGGAUACAGGCCAUCCUCGCUUCUUCAACCAGCUGUUUUCAGGUCUGGAUGUGAUCGGUGUCGUUGGCGAGUGGCUGACAUCAGUAGCAAAUACUAACAUGUUCACCUAUGAAGUAUCUCCUGUCUUCACGCUGAUGGAGGAAGUUGUACUGAAGAAGAUGCAAAGCAUUGUGGGAUGGAGUACUGAUGAUGAAGGAGAUGGUAUUUUCUCUCCAGGAGGUGCAAUAUCCAACAUGUACAGUUUGCUGGUGGCCAGAUAUUACUUUUACCCAGAAGUCAAGACGAAGGGAAUGAGAGCGCUGCCUGAACUUGUACUCUUCACUUCACAACAUAGCCACUACUCCCUGGUGAAGUCUGCUGCGGUGUUGGGGCUCGGCAGCGACAGUGUGGUGGAGGUCACGUGUGAUGAAAGAGGGAAAAUGAUUCCAGAAGAACUUGAGGCUUGCAUCCUUGCAGCUGAAAAAAAGAACAAGGUUCCGUUCUACGUGAACGCCACAGCAGGAACUACUUUGUACGGUGCCAUGGACCCCCUGGUGGACAUAGCUGACAUCUGCCAGAGACACACUCUGUGGAUGCACGUGGAUGCAUCAUGGGGUGGAGGACUGCUCCUGUCACACAGACACAAGAUCAAACUGCAGGGCAUUGAACGAGCGUGGUCGGUGACGUGGAACCCUCACAAGAUGAUGAGUGUUCCUCUUCAGUGCUCCGUGAUUCUGAUCAAGAAGAAAGGCCUCUUGCAGAAGUGCAACGAGUUGGGGGCGGCGUAUCUUUUCCAGAAAGACAAGUUCUACGACGUGAGCUACGACACUGGAGAUAAGAGCAUCCAGUGUGGAAGACACGUGGACGUCUUCAAACUUUGGCUCAUGUGGAAGGCCAAGGGGACAGAAGGCUUCGCAGCCGAGGUCAACAAGUGUUUGGAGAACGCGGAGUACUUGCAUGAUUUACUGCAAAGGAGGACCGACUUUGAACUGGUCUUCCAGCACAAGGUUGGUCAUGUGACUUGCUGGAUGACGUCAUCACAGGACACACACCUGUCGGUUGUCCUCCACAGCCCGAGAGCAGCAACGUGUGUUUCUGGUACAUUCCUCCCAGUCUGCGCGGCAUGUCACCCCGGUAGGAGCUGGACCAAGUGGCUGGGGAGAGAGAAGUCCGGGCUUCUCUACUUAGGCUGCUGCCCUCACGACCCGACCUCGGAUAAGUGGAAUAAGACGGACGGAUGGACUUCAGCUCUGCAUUUCACACGGUCAUCCCAAACAUCCUGCACCGCAAACUCACCCAGUGUUGGUCUCCAGCUGUCAGUGGCUCACCGACUUCCUGACUGGCAGGUAAGGCUGGUAAACAUAACAUCCAGCACACCGCCCCCCCCCCCAGUCCGCCCACAGACGGGACGUGGAACAGCUGGCUCUGAAACGGCGGACUUCAGGAGAAGCGCAUUCUGAACAGCAACAGUGUCUACUGGAGACUCUUACAGGUUCCUGGGAUCCACAAUCUCACGGGACCUGAAGUGGACCUCUCACAUAGACACAAUCAGGGGGGGGGGGAAAAGCACAGCAUAGGAGUUCAAGAAGUUCCACCAGCUCCAGGAACUGCUGAUCAUCGUUCAGUCUGUCCUGUGAACCUCCAUCAUGGUCUGCGGCAGACAAUCAGGACAGCAGAAAAGAUCCUCUGUGUUGAACUUCCCCCCUCAUCCAGGACUUCUACCGGUCAACGGUCAGGAAACGGGCCGGGAGCAUCACUGCAGAACCCCUCACACCCUGGUCUCAAACUCCUCCCCUCCGGCAGGCCUUUACAGGUCACAGUACACCAAACACCCCGUCAUAAGACCCGGUUCUUCCCCCCCCCAGGUUCUCACUCUGGUGAACG